GAAAAAGGCAAAGAAAACAAGUCGGAAGCUAUGAAAAAAUUAUCCAAGAGGAAGAGAGUUACAGAAGGUUCCACCCGCAGAUGGGUUCAGCCGAUACUCUUAGAUCCGUGCGGGCGGCCGGUGUUCCCUAUUGUGUUGGAUGGGUUGACGGUUUACAGUCUUGGAGAGAUUGUAUCGGACCGGAAAAGCUUCCAUCACAAAGCUGCCAUUUAUCCUGUAGGUUUUUGUAGUACAAGAGUUUACGUCAGCAUGAGGAACCCUGAACAGAAGUGUCUGUACACGUGUCAGAUCAAAGAUGGCUGGUCCGGGCCCAAGUUCGAGAUUGUGCCGGAGGAUGAUCCUCAGAAUUCCAUUAUUUCCGUCUCGGCCGCUGAAUGUCACGCCACCCUUCUGAAAAACAUUGCCGCUGUCCGAGGACAAAGGGUCACAUCUCCGGAAAACGCCGGUGCCUAUUUCUUCGGCUUCUCACACCCCACUAUUCAGCAUUUAAUACAAAGCUGCCCUGGGGCCCGCAAAUGUGCAAGCUAUGAGUGGGUGAAGUUUGAAGUAUGGAAGCCGGGUGACGGUCCCGUUCCACAGGAGCUGUCUGAGAAUAGCGCCUCAAUAAACUUUGAGGCUUUCCAAAGACAGUCGUUUGAUGGGAUUAAACCGGACAAUGUGCUAGCAGGAACGCUGGAUCUCCUGGAAAUCCAGGCCUCACACGAUUAUAUCUCCACGUACCAGGAAAUGUUUCUGUCUCCCUCCCAGCAUCUGAAAUCCUCCUCUAACCACUACAGUCCGUCAGAGUCUCCAGAGUAAGGAUGCACGACGCGUUUCGCUUGUCUCGUUUUAUGUGUAUAUCUCUAUAUU